AUGUGCUUUGAGGAUUUGGGGAGUUUAGAGAAGUUGGUGGGUGUUAUCAUAUUGGCUUGGCUUUCAUGCACUAGCCAUAGUCUUCAUGUGACUCCUAUCUCUUGCAAUGUGUCAUUAACUGAAUCUUGUCCUGCUUCACUAUAUUAUGUUCCAAGAACCACAAUAAGCCUGGAAGAAUUGUCUGCUUUAUUCCAUGUAAAUUCAAAUGCAGUUAAUAGAACCAUUGAUGGUUUCUUGAUUGCAAUAAAUUGUAGCUGCUUAGCUGGCCAUGAUGAGUUUACUUGGCAUCUGGAGUACGAAGUCCAACCUGAGGAUACAUGGGAUGGCAUUUCAUCAAAAUUUGGGUCAUUUGUUGUGGAAAAGCCUGAAAAGGCACUGGUUCCAUCACAAACUGUGACUUUGGACAUCUUAUGUGGUUGUUCUGAGGGUGCAGAUACUGUCACUUACAAGGUCACAAAGGGAGAUACACUGCAUACAAUCUGUUCACGAUUUGAUGCAGAUCUAAAUAAAACUGCCUGGUUGAAUAGGCUUGAGAAUCCAAAGCUUAUUCAUGAGGGAGAUGUGAUCUUUAUUCCUGAACCAGAGGGCCUUCAAAACCUUAUCGUCUAUGACAACAAAGAUUCAAGUAUCAAAAAGGCAUCAAAAUCUCAAACUCAUGUCGUGGUUGGAGCCAUUUCAGCUGCUUUUGCUGUUAUUCUAUUGACAGUCAUACUUGUUUCUUGGAAGGGAUAUAAGAAGAAGGGUACUCAGCUACCAAAGCCCUGUUCAAGAAAGAUGGAUCAGUUGCAUUCUUAUUUUGAUUUGUGCACUUUUCUCACAAAAUCUGGAGAAAGCACUGUUUCCUCAUUCAAUUCUGAUAAAGCUGUUGUGUUUCCUUAUUAUGAAGUUUGUGAUGCAACCUCUAACUUUAGUAUGUCUUUAAAGAUUGGCCAAGGCUCUUAUGGAUCUGUUUACCUCGGAAAAUUAAAAGGAGCUGAUGUGGCCAUCAAGCAGAUGAAAAACACAAAGUCAAAAGAGUUUUUAUCGGAGAUUAAUAUUCUUUGUAAAGUGCAUCAUUCAAACUUGAUUGAGCUUAUUGGUUAUGCUGCUGGUGGAGACUCUUUGUUUCUUGUUUAUGAAUUUGCCCAAAAUGGUGCGUUAAGUGAUCAUCUGCAUGGGUCCACCCUUAGAGGUUAUAAGCCACUUUCUUGGAUUAGGCGUGUUCAGAUUGCUCUUGAUGCUGCAAAUGGUCUUGAGUACAUACAUAAGCACACAAAACCAUAUUAUGUUCAUCGAGAUGUGAAGACGAGCAAUAUUCUUUUAGAUUCAAAUUUUCGUGCAAAGAUUGCAGAUUUUGGACUGGUAAAACUAUUGGACAAUUCUCCAGAAGUUGGUGCUGUGGCAUCAAGAAUUGUUGGCACAUUUGGUUAUCUUGCCCCUGAGUAUGUGCGAGAUGGACGUGUGACAACAAAGAUUGACAUCUAUGCCCUUGGAGUUGUCCUUAUGGAAUUACUAACUGGCCAACCAGCUCUGAGCAGAGAUGCAAGCCCUGGAAAUAAUCACUACAGUGAACAUCGAACGGUGGUGGAUUAUAUGUUAUCAGCAUUAACUGAUAUUCAAAAGCCCAUGAUUGAACUAGCAAAAUGCAUCGAUCCAAACCUUACCCGCUACCACAAAGACUCUGUUUUACAGAUGGCAUUAUUAUCCAAGGAUUGUGUGGAUGAUAACUGGAGCCAGCGUCCAGACAUGUCAGAAGUUGUGCUCCGCCUCUCACACAUUUUCAUGAGCUCGAAGGAGUGGGAGAAACAACCAUGCAGUCACACAGAAUCCGGAGAAUUGUCGGUCCUCUGCCUCCUUGGCCCAUCAUAGUCCUCAUUUUUACUGAACUCUUUGGGAAUGCCAAGUCAUUGUAUACCAAACAGAAUUCCUUUUUUGAACAAGGAAAUAAAUUCAGAGGUACCUUUCACCUUUGCAGAAAAGGGUAGUAGAGAAAUCACAAUGGAAAAUGCCAUGAGACUGCAACAUGGUAUAUAGAUAGUGUAUUAGAUAUAUACAAGCACCCCCAAAAAUAGAGGUUGGAUAGAAAUAGAAAUAGUCAACCAAGUAAAAUAAAUAUCUGCAGGAUACUGAUUUUUCCAGGUUGUGUUAACCUAAUCUUCAACAAAAUUUAAUGUUUCUGUCGAUUCAGGUUGCCGAUAUAGUCAUAUGGUAUCACGUGGAAGUCUGAAGCAUCCCAUAAAUUUCAUUGGAUGUAAGUUUCCUGAACAGCAAUUUCAAACGUAAAAUUCUUGUAAAUUCACUGUAUUAUGUAACUCCUGCAGAGAAUUCCUGGUU